UUUGGGAAUCGAGAUGAUCUUUUGUACUUUCUUGCUUAUGUUCUGGACCAUUUUUUCUUGGACCGUACGCGUGAAGGGAGAUGAGGUCGGCGACCCGAGGAGCAGCAACUACUGGGAUCCGCAGAGCUGUGAUACCUUGGAUCAGGUUAAGGUAGCUCUUGAAAAGGUCGGUCUCGAGUCAUCCAAUCUUAUAAUUGGAGUCGAUUUCACCAAAAGCAACGAAUGGACAGGGAAAACAUGUUUCAACGGGAGAAGCCUGCAUCACAUUUCGGAGGAGACCCUGAAUCCUUACGAGCAAGCGAUUAGUAUCAUCGGCAAUACCUUCUCGGCGUUUGACGAAGAUAACAUGAUACCAUGCUUUGGAUUUGGGGACACAUCGACGCACGACCGAAACGUCUUCAGCUUCUACUCGGACAGGCGACAUUGCUGCAACGGUGUUCCUGAAGUGCUAAGGAGAUACAGAGAAAUCACUCCACAUGUCCUGCUGUCAGGCCCGACAUCUUUAGCUCCAAUUAUAGAAACUGCAAUGCGAAUAACUCAAGACUCCGGCUACCAGUAUCAUAUCCUACUGAUAAUAGCCGAUGGGCAGGUUCCAAGAUGUUCUUGUACUAACUCUGCGAGCAAUCGAGACGAAAACUAUCUAGAAGAAAGGACUCUUCAGGCUCUUGUACGGGCCAGUCAUUUCCCUCUUUCUAUCGUCCUUGUCGGAGUGGGUGAUGGUCCAUCGGAUGAGCAGCUGAUGCAUUGUCAAGAGAACCAACAGCUGUUUGACAAUUUCCAGUUUGUGGACUUCACGAAAAUAAUGUCGAGAGACAUGCCAGAAGCCGAGAAGGAGGAGCGAUUUGCGUUAGAAGCUCUGAAGAAGAUACCGAGCCAGUACGCAGCAAUAAUCAGCAAAAGGAUCAGGUUGCUUACUGAUGAUCAUUCACCCUACUUCCUUAGUUCCUGGGAAUUGAACUGAACUGAUGAAGAAAUGUUUGCACGGUUUGUAUGAUGCAAAUGCACGCAGGGCAGGGCAGGGAGCAGAGGGAUGUAGAGUGGAGCGAAGGUAGAGCUUGGAUUAGUUUCAGAGCCGACAGUCUGUAGGGCCACUGUAAACCUUUUAUUUACCCAGUGGCGGUGCAGCAAGUCUGCUAUUUGUACCUAUAUAUAUAUAUAUAUCAUUAGUUCAUUGCUAAGGCUCUCUUGGAAGCUCAAUAGAGAAACAGCUCACCGUUCAGAAAAAAAAAGCUAGGGUUUUCAGUUUAUUUACUUAGAUUAGAUUGUGACAAAUUUGUUGAAACAGAUCCUACGGCCAUGGCAGAUUCUUGUUUUUAAAGAUGCCAUGUCAAAUCAGUUGGAGAAUAUCUCCACAAUCAUAAUCAUAGAACGGUGCAUAUACUUUGUGGAAUUAUUAUUUAUAAUUAAUAACGUACGGCCCAUACAUA